CAUCUGGGCCAAGUCGCGGCGCGUAAAGGCUGGACAAUGUUUAUAAGUACGCCUGACCAACCAUUUUGUGUCACGAUGCGCGAAGAGGAACGUGAGAUGCACGCAUAUCUUAAAUUAAAUAAGAUUGGAAUUGGAACUAGUCCCUGGGAAGUCAUCACAACGGGCGGGCUGAUGCGA